GGCUCCGGCCGCAGGAGGGAACCGCGCGCCGUGGUGCCGCCGUCCGUGCAGGAGCUCAACGAUUCCGACCUGUUCGCCAUCAAGAGGACCAUCACUGUCAGCCGGCGCGCCGCCACGCCCGAGCCCAAGCGGGAGGUGCUCUACGAUUCCGAGGGGUUGAGUUUCGAGGGGUUUUCGGAUCGUGAACACCCCGAGGUGACCACGGCGGCACCGCCGAGAAAAACGGAGCUGCGGCCGCCCGCUCCGGCCGCUCCGGCCGACGAGAAAAAGGACAAAGAGCGCAAACGCGGCCGCGCCGAGGAGCGUCCGGCGGGGAGGGAUAAAUACAAGAAAAAAUUCAAAGAGUACCCCGAGACCCCCGCGCCGGACGGGGCGAAAUCCAAGGAGAAACAACGGGAAAAAAGCGGGCGGAAAGGAAAAACGGGCGGGGGGCACAAGGACGGCGACGGCGCCGCGCCCCCCGCCCAAAAAAGCUCCGGAGGAGGAGGAGGACGGAAGGUGAAGCUGCAGUCCAAAGUGUCCGUGCUGAUCAGGGAAGGGGUCAGCUCCACCACGGCCCCCGGCAAGGACGGAGGCAUCGCGGUGAAAUUCGCCCGCGACGCCGAGAGCCGCGCGCCAUUCCUGAAAGCCGAGGAAAAAACGGAGAAAAACCCCAAAACGGAGGGUCCGGCCCGCGACGGGGCGGCGGUCAAACCCCGCAAGGCCAAAACGGCCAAARCCAAGGGAGCGGUCAAGAAGGUGAAGGUGAAAGCCAAGGGGGAAACGAGGAAAAAGAGAAAAGCGAAAACCAAAGGCGCUCUGAAAAAAUCCAAAGCCGACAGCCAGAGCGCCGCCACGCCCCCGCUACGCCCACCCCAAAAACCCGAACCCGCCUGGUCCGGCUCGGAAAAAUCCGCGGGGGGAACCCCAAAACCGCCCAGCCCCCCUCCGAUGACGACAACAACCACGCCGGUCACCCCCAAAUCCGCCCCUGCGGCCGCCGCCACCCCAAAAUCCGUCCCCCCCGAGCGGGAGCUGACCCCCGACUCGCAGACGGUGGACAGCAGCUGCAAAACCCCCGACGUGUCCUUCCUGCCCGAGGAUUCGGCCACCGCGGCCACCGCGGCCACGGCCGGAGGGGACGGAGGAGCCGGCGGUGACCGCUGCGGCCGCGAGCCCCAAGYGGACAGUCGGUGCUGCGAGCCCAAGGACGAGGGGACGGCGGCCAUGAUGGGGACGGGGAUGGGGACGGGGGGGACGAGACCCCCGGGACCCCCCUGGAGCCUGCAGGGAGGGGUGGAUUGUGCCACCAGCGGAGUGCUGGCGCGUGCGUGACACGGGGG